AACCUUUCUGCCCUGUGUCCUGCUGUCCCUUUUUGUAUCCCACUCACCAUCUGAUCUCUCAUGCUCUUUGGAGCAUGUGAUGAGGUUUUCCUAGCUCAAUUUGUACAAAAAUGAACUAUCUCAUAUUUUCUACUUAAUGAACAGGCGGACUCCUGGCAUAAAGGCCACACCCUCUCCACUUCUUCCUGAAAAAACAUGAUGAAGAACAGGCUCGGGAAGAUGAUUGUUUUCCUUGCCUUGAAUUUUCUUCUUAGAAUUUUUUUCCUUGGGAUGUUCUACAGAUGGCAAACAAAAAUAACACUUGUUCUAGAUUCUACAGAAGACUGGCUGAUGAGUCAAAUCUAUUGCAAAGUCACGCUGAAUUCCACCUGCUUGAAGAACAACCUCUUUAAAUCGAUAAGGAAUCUGAAUUUGAGCAUUGCUACCUGGCUCUUUGUGGAGCAUAACUACAAGUUCAUCUACUGUGAGGUGCCCAAAGUAGGCUGCUCCAACUGGAAAAGAAUCACUCUUCUCCUCAGAAUGAACCUGAGCAGGGAGGUUUCUGAAAUUGAGCAUAAUGACAUCCAUCAAAUGCAACUGCUGAAAAGGCUGAGCUCUUACCCUUCUGAUGAGCAAGAGGAAUUGCUGAACAGUUACACCAAAGUGAUGUUCACCAGGCAUCCCCUAGAACGACUGAUCUCAGCUUACAGAGACAAGCUUCUGCACUCUGAGACAUACUGUAGCAUCACUGUGGCAAACCAGAUCAGAGACAGAUUGAAGAAAAGCAAAAUUCUACUGAAAAGGUGAGUUUCCAGGAGUUAGUUGAUUUUAUUGUGGAACGAAAGUCAGACACUUUGGACAUUCAUUGGAAACCAAUGUUUCUACUCUGUGAUCCUUGCAAUGUUCAGUAUCAUGUCCUGGGGAAGUAUGAGACUUUGGGACAAGACUCUGAGCAUGUUCUUAAGAGCAUCAGAGCUCCUGAGGGCAUACACUUCUCUGACAUUAAGAGGUACAGCUCAGAGAACCGGACCAGCGAUGAGAUCACUAUGGAGCAUCUCAGAAAGUUGAGUUCAGAGCAAAUGCAGAUGAUCAAGAAAAAGAUGAGCAUCUUGACUCAUAUAAAUGACUUGGGCUUGUUUGCAGAGGUUGAGUAGAAUUAUUGCCAAUGACUAUGGUUGGUGUUUUGUAGCUCAUAAAGGCAUGUGUGCUAUUUUCAAGGUAUGCAUAUAAUGAAUCUGUACAAUGUCAUCUGUAUGAGAUUUUCUUUCUGCUGAUCAUCAGUGAGAUAUUGCUGUUUUGCACAUAAUUUGUAUUAA